AUGGGAGUUCUAUUUGGCCGAUUACUCUCAGGCCUUGAGCGACAGACACUGCAUAGACCUGGCUCGAAAGCAAUAACGCGCAAAUUCUCACCGCGCAAUCCCAAUUUCUGCACCGACGCUCAAUCUGAUGAGCCCACCUCCGCAGAGCUGCUCCGCUUCGCCCUCACAUCUCUCAAAACCCCAGACGCUGGAAACGAGAACCACGUAAGCUUGCGAAAACUAACAAUCGAGCUUCUUGACUCAAAGUGGCUGUCAAAAAAUCCCCCUGCGGAAUUAUGGAACGCUCUAAAGGGCGUGGAUGUGCUAUUCAAGUCGACAGAGAGACGCCGUCUUCAAUCAGUGGCUGAUUUGGCUUCACUGAGAAACGUCAUUUCCAAAUUGGUCAUUGAUAAUGGGGGAGCCGACCGUUUACAACAAAGAGAAUGCAAGGUACUGGGAAAUGCACUGAAACGUUGCCAGCAAGAUGUGACAUACACCGAGAUACUUGCAACAUUGAGUGAUAUCAUUGCAAGACUCCAACGACUUGAGCUCCCUAUCAAGCCCAAUAUUGUUGAGCUUGGUAUGUACUAUGCAGCUUUGAAUCUAUCCCCUUCUGCAUUACGGUGGUUUCUGCAUCUAUAUGAGAAACUGGGAGGAUCCGAAAAUUCCUCGACGCUCAGUAGGAAGACUAGUUCGAGGCGGAUCUUGCAGACGCUCCUGUUUGAAAUAGAGGCCGUUAUCUUCGAAAAUCCACGUCACAACACAGCCGAUUUGCUAGCUGAGAUCACUGGCGAAGGAGAACACACGCGACAAAUGCGGCCCAGGUUGGCCGAUUGCUUACUGAGAGAUCCUUAUCAAGAACAUGAGAAUUGGGCUUUGUACCUGUGCCUGCUCUCCAAAUUACAAAGCGUGGAGGCUUUGAACGCUACAUGGACCAAGUUUAUGAACGUGUUUGAUCCGCAAAAUGAGAGGUUCUGUCACGAGGCCUACAGUGUUAUUCUAAAUUUGACACAAGCCGGACGGUCAGAUACUGCUGCAAAGUUGCUGGAGGAUAUCUCGAUGCGCAGCGGAGAUACAUUACCCUACAUCGGAAAUCUUCAACGCAUAAAUGUUUUACUCGACGACCCGAUCGUGGGCGAGGCUCUACCUGACUUACUUCAAGGCGACCACUACGAAGAGUUGCUCAACGUCCGCAUGGAAGAUAUGGAGCAAAGAUUGGGCAUUCAAUGGCAAGAUAGCAGAGAGUCAAUGGAGCAGAAGAGCCAUGUCGGCACUGGACCAGACCCAGCAUGGGCAAGUUUUCAGGAUCAACCUUUGCUCACCAUUGAUGGCGACUCCGCUGGAUAUGAUGAGCCAGCACGACUUUACCCUGAUCUCCAAGCUCAAGGAUGUUCCAAUUUAUGCAGUGAUUUGAGUCAGUUGAGAGACAUGCUGAUCGAUCAGACGGGGAACGAGCAGGAAAUGAUCACCCAUCUCAAUUUCGACCCUGACCUGCUGGACUUGUUCCAUUCAAAAUUUCCAACCCUUCAAUUGCGGUGGUACGUCGAACACUCGCCAAUAGAGUUUUCAGACUCUCCCCUUGCAGCGAUGACUAUGGAGUCUAGCACUUGGUCACCAGCAUCUCUCGGGCUCAUCCGGGCGAGAACCAUUGUCAAUGGUGUGCCCCAAGCAGGGACCAGAGCUCUCCACCUCAUGCAGCUGGGAUCCUUGGAUAUGCGAUACGGACCAGAUGAGCAAUGGCGGUCCUCUGGAUACAUUGUGGCAUGGGACCGCCAGUAUGGCGAAAUGAUCGCUCUCUUUGUUGGGAAAAACUACGGUGUCGUCGAUCGCGGAGCAGCACCAUCAGGUUCUCCAUUCGGGGCAGUGAUGCACAUCCAACCCUCGGACAUGCCCAAUGCUUCGCCUCUUUCUGCCAUUCGCAUUCCUCGUGAUCCGGAUAGCCUCUACUUUCUGGAUGUCGAUCCAAGCGUGGACUUAGUACUUCAAUAG